CUAUAUAAUUAUAUGUGAUUGAAUUCAACUCAACUAAAAUAUUUAAAAUUUUAAAAUAAUCGAAUGAGUUUGUAAGAAAUCGAUUGUCACCCCUUUUCGUUUUCUUUCCGGCCGCCCGCCAUCCGCCAUUUUGAUUUCGGCUUUGCGUUGUGUUGUAGGUGGAGGAGCUAGUGUUUUCGAUUUGUCUCAAGGAAGGUUUAUUCUGUAAAAAUUUCACAAAAACGAGAUUCCAAGAUGAGCUACGGCAGACCGCCCCCUCGCAUAGAUGGCAUGGUAUCGUUGAAAGUGGACAAUUUAACCUACCGGACAACACCAGACGAUCUGAGACGCGUUUUCGAAAGAUGCGGAGAAGUUGGAGAUAUUUAUAUUCCUAGAGAUCGAUUCACUAGAGAAAGCAGAGGUUUCGCUUUCGUACGAUUCUACGACAAGAGGGACGCCGAAGAUGCGCUAGACGCCAUGGACGGUAGAAUGCUUGACGGCAGGGAAUUGAGAGUGCAGAUGGCACGCUACGGAAGGCCUACUUCACCACAUCGCAGGUACGGAGGACGUCGUCGCAGUAGGGGCAGCAGGAGGAGCCGCUCGAGGUCGAGGCGUCGAUCUUUCAGCAGAAGCAGAUCUCGUUCUGACAGCAAGAGUUCCAGGGGGAGAUCCAGAUCGGCUUCGAAGGACGAUAAAGACCGUUCCAAAUCCAACAGCAAAUCUCGUUCUAGGUCUAGGUCUUAGGUGUAGCAGAGGAGGUGCAGUGCAGUUAAGUAGGCGCCUGCUCUCUUAAGGUAUUUAUACAAAAAUUACCACCUAUGACCUAAGCAACCUUUUUUUUUUAUUACAUAAUGAUU